GCUCGCCUGGGGCUACUGAAUGCGAUCAUGGCCGACGUCGCCACCCAGUCAUGUGCUCGUUGCAGCAAACCCGCCAAUCUUCAGUGUCCCAAGUGUGUGGAAUUGAAGCUUCCUCGUGAAGAUGCCGCUUUCUGCACUCAGGAUUGUUUUAAGGCUUCAUGGAGCUUGCAUAAAUCGGUACAUUUAAAGGCCAAGCAGUCCAAUAGGGCGGGAAAUCCAGAGAACGAAGGCUGGCAAUAUUGCAUGAAGAAAGGACAGGGUCGAACUCCGAAACUUCCUUAUUUUGAUUGGACAGGGACAUUGAGACCAUAUCCUAUAUCUAGUAAGUGUGUGGUACCUUCUCAUAUUGAUCUACCUGAUUGGGCAGCUGAUGGAAUCCCAAAAGAGGAACCCAGUAGUGACUUGCAGCGUGUUGUUGAGAUCAAAACUCCGGAUCAAAUUGAGAGGAUGCGAGAAACUUGUCGAAAUAACAGGUUUAGGGAACAUCUCUUAAAGAGCUUGUAUAUUUUCAUAGCUCAAACAAUCGAAAAUUGAAUUAUAGAUGGGUGGAUAUUUAGGGAUAUCUGCGUUCCUUGAAGAAGACAACAUAUCUGAAGCUUUGAGAAUUCUAAGG